AUGACUAUUCAUAAAAGUAAGCUAAUUAAUCCCUGUAUUAUUCUGUACACCUACGUACGUUACCCCGCAGACCGUAUCAGCCCUCCUCGGGUCGAAGUUAACAAGGAAGAUGAUUUCGACACAUGGUAUGAGCCGAUCGUGGUAAAAGGUGAAAUGAUUGAUCAUUGCAGCCUUCCUGGCUAUUUCAUCCUCAAGCCAGUUGCGUACGGGAUGUGGGAGAAGGUUCGCUCUUGGCUGGCCGACCAUCUUCAGCCCUUGGAACUACAAAGUUUCUCUGUCCCCAUCCUCCCUUACCUAGGUGAUAGGGCCCAGGCUCCUUAUGCUGUGUCAGGGUCCAGCAGUUUCCCGAAUGCUGAGUCCGUUAUCUAUCCUUACUGCAGGAAGUGGAUCAAGAGUCAUCGAGACUUGCCUCUGCGAAUGAACCAGUGGUGUAUCAGAUUCCAACAUGAACAAAACCCACAGCCACUCCUCCGAAGUUGUGAAUACCUCCUGCAAGAGGUCCAUUCAGCACAUAUAACCAAGGACAGCGCUCGUCAAGAGGCCGCACAGAUCCUUGAACUUUAUAGUUUACUUUACCGGGAUCUCCUUGCCAUCCCCGUCGUCAAAGGAUAUAAGAAUGCAGCUUAUCUCCAGGACACCGACAUCAGUACUGGUGUAGUUAUAGCAUAUAUACCUGCUACAAACCAGUGCAUAGAGGGUGCAAAGUGCCAUGAAUUUGGCCAGACUUUGAGUAAAGCGUACGAAAUCACAGUGAGAGACCCUUCGGCAACGGCAGAACCGGCGGCGCUCCUUCAUGUCUGGCAAAACUGCUGGCGUAUUUCCAUUAGAGCCCUCGGUGUUAUGGUGGCCACCCACAGUGACAACCAUGGCCUUGUUCUGCCGCCCCGCAUCGCAGAGACCCAAGUCGCCAUUGUCGCAGCACAAGCUUCUUCGACAGAUGAGCAGCUAAUAUUGGACACAGAGACUGAUAGACUUGUUUCACGUCUAUCAUCAGCAGGAAUUCGUGUCAAAGUUGAUGACUUGGAAGGGUACUCUUUGGGAUGGAGAUUUAAUGAGUGGAUCGUCAGCGGCACUCCCCUAUUCAUAGUAUUAGGCCCAAAUGAAGUCACCAAUCAAGUCGUGACUAUAAGACGAAGGGACCUACUCCACGCAGAGGGAAAGGUUGAAGCCGCAAUCCCAGAAUUACAUACUAUCAUACCCACCACAUUAGCCAACAUCCAAGAAGAGCUUUAUCGCAAUGCCCUCGCUAAAUUCCAGGCAGACCAAACGCGGAUUGCCGACAACUGGGACGACUUUAUUAAGAGCCUCUACAGGGACAAAUUGGUAUGUCUCACACCGCAUUGUCGACAAAGGAGCUGUGAGCUAUACAUUGAGGGCAUGGGCAGUGAUGGAACAGACCAGGCGCUUGGUAGUCAUAUCAGGUGCCUUUGCGUUCCUCUGGAGCAGCCAGGAGCUACUGAGGAGUGUGCUACUCCAUGCAUCAAUCCGACUUGCAAGUACAGCGCCCUGAAAUGGGCCAUGUUUGGUUAUGCUUACUAG